AUUUUUAAUAGUCAGCCUUUAACCACCUCGAUUAAAUUGUUCUCGUUAGUGACGUCCUGUCCUGUCUUUUGUUUUUUUUAAUCGUUGACUUGUAUAUUAUUUGUUAAUUUGAUUGUUACUUAAUAAUUUAAUACCGUUUGGUUUGGUUUAGUUAUCGGAAAAUGUCGAGAAAUCUGCUGGAAAGGAUGAGUUUCCGCCAAUCGUCGCGUCGCGAACAUAUUCCGCACGAACGCCUCCGGGAUACGUCGCCAAGACAAAAACUUUCGCUCAUCGGACGAAUGGGAUUAUGUAUUUGCAUGAUCCGAGAGAUUCGAGGGGGCGGCAUCCACAAAAUGUGUCACGUUUGUGCCCCCAAAAAACUUGCGAAAUUAGAAGACGAAUUCAGAGAUAUGUUUGAGCGUAACAUGACUGUUGUGUGUUUCUUUGAAAAACCAACUCAUUCCCAAUUUUGGCCCAUUAUGGUCUUCGAUAACACUAGUGGUAUACUUGCCCUUGAAUUAUUGGCCGUUACAGUGCAGAAACCAAACAAAUACGAAUACGGCAUUGUUGAACGUUGGAUGAAUUAUAAUUGUCAUCGAGUAGUUGAGGAUCAUGAGAUUAUCGUUGAUGUGGUUAAAGAACAAAAAAUGCUUUCGCAAACAACUGGGCGUUUUCAAUUUGGCUAUGAGAAAAACGUCGGCAAAUAUAACUUCAUCAUCAACAAAGAGAAAUAUUUCGUACAUUACAUUUCGUUAUUGAACAUCGAUUUUUCAAUUUUACGUCGUGAUCCGCCGUUCAUACGUGUAGACGAUCUUUUCUUGACCAACAGGGCCAAAAAUGCAGAAAAAAUAACAUCGAAGCAAAGCAUCAGCCAAGGCGGCGGUAGUCGGGAAAUAGAAAUUGAUUUGGACGGUGAGAUCAAUCCAGUCUACUGCUCCACCGUUUAUGUUAAACAACACGACGAUUAUCCAACUAUCGACGAUAUAGAAAAACGUGGAAAAAAAGACCAAUCCGAAUUCGAAAAGAAAUUCUUGCUGGUCAGAAAUAGGAACUUAUACUUUGUCAAUAGUCACAAGAACAUGAUUAGGCUAUAUUAUGAAGAUGAUCCCCUUUUCAUGGCUGAUCGAAUGAGGGAUACCGACCGGGUAGAAGAAGAACGCAUUCUAACGCACAUUGCCCAUUUAUCCGACAUACAUUGCUACACUAUGGAAAACGUUUCAAAAUAUUACGACACGGACUUCAAGGUUGCCUGCCUUAUCAAAAAUCGUGACCCACUAUUUGGACGGACAAUCCGUCUCAUAUUUUGCUGCAAAAGCAUCAGAAGAGACGAAAAAGAAGCUGACGUCAUCGAUCGAUGGGUGGUAGCCAUAAGAGUGGCAAGGGAUGGAAGGAAACUCAAAAAGAAUUAUUUUGCAAUUAGAAUGCUCGCAUAUGGAGGAGAUGAGCGUUUAAAGUUGCCAGAUAUACAGAAAAAUAAAAUACUUCAGGAUCUUGGAUACAAGUUAGAUCAGGCGGACCCCCGUGUGGCCAUGGAUUUUUCCAAAGGCAUUGGGCGUAUCGUGCAGGAUCCCGACGAGGCUGCGGAAAUAGCCAGAAGUGAAAAGCGAAGCCACACUAUUACUGCUGAGCGGCAAGAAGCUAGUUCGUCUUCGUCUGGGAUUAUAUCAGCUCCAUUGGAUGUAAUGAGGUUUGGCCCUCACUUAACCCAGAGAUAUUAUCAUGGCAACAUGGUUACCAGAUCAAGAGCCAACGCCAUCCUUAAAAGACUCAAUUGCCCAGGGGCAUUUUUACUUCGGGACAGUAGUACUAAGCCAGGUAUACUUGUCAUUUCGUACAUGUGUGCUACUGAGGUAAAGCACGUUUUUGUCGUACCGAUUGUCCAGAUUGAUGACGAAACAGGAGAUCAUAUGUAUCUAGUGUCCUGUGACGGGAAAUUACUAUUCUAUAAUGUACACAGUCUGAUUGAUUUUCAUAAAUUAAACCUAAUGCCGCCAUUUAAGCAAAAACUUCAAAACUGUGUUCCCAACACUGAAAAUCCAGACUACUCGCCUAAAAGAAACCGAAGAACUCUAAAAGACAAACAAUUGGCGGACAUCUCUAUUGGGAUAAAACAGGAGAACAUUAGGCGCGCCCUAACAUACAAUAUUACAGGGACAAGUGCUGCGAUCAUUGACCUACUUGAACGCUCAAGAAUAAGUCGAUCAUCAGACGAACGUAGGUCGGCCAGUCCCACUGUAGAUGAAGCUCAAAUGCUCGAUUUAUCGCUAAACGAACCUUCAGGGAGCGGUAUGAGUCGGGAGCGUCUCUCACCCACACUCUCGCCUCUGGAGGAGGUACCGUCAUCAGGUGACAGCGACUCUCCGCCUAGAAUGUGACAGGCUCGAUUGACAACCCAACGAAGAUGACGAAAGGACAACCGCAGAUCCCCAAUUCAAAUGAAAUUCAAAAAUUUCGCCAGCAAGUAUCCUCUAUGUAUGUGGUACAAUUUUAUAUAAACAUUUUUUGAUAUUAUGCGAAAAUUGCUGACUAUUUUUGUUUCAAGUGUAUGCAAUGACAAGCAUAUUUUAUUUAUGUAUUAUUUCCCGAAAAUUAAGUUCAAUUCAAUCUUGUAAGAAGUCUAACAAGAUUUUUGUUCAGGCUUGUUAGACCAUUAUACUUUGUGUUUUAUUUACGAUUUAUUAAGAAACAAUUCAAUAACGUCUCUUUUAUAAAGUUUGAUUAAAAAGUUUUAUGAUCAAGCGGGCCUUGAUGAUAACAAUAAUUGUUUAUCUGUUAUGCAAAGCACUCUUGAUCAUAAUACUAUUUUUGAUGAGAGUACUUACCAUAUAAACCUGAAUUUAAACUAAGCAUAAUUAUGUAAUUACAAAAAUGUAACCGAAAUAACAAUCAUAAAAUGUAUUAGUCCCUAAUAUUAAUAUCUAAAUAUAGACAGAUAUGUACUGUCUGGCCACCAGCUUUUAGACGGGUAUAAACAUUUAUCAGCUUUUUUGUUUCUACUUUUUACAAAAGAAUGGACUCUUUAAUUAGAAAGGAAUGAACAUUUUCAGUAUUGCCUAACUAAAUAUUAACUAAAAAUAUGUGUUAUUCAUCAUUAGCAAAAAAAUAUAUAAUAGAACAUAAGAUAAUUCUACUAAAAUCAGCGCGUAUCCUAUAUAACAUACAUUAAAUUGUCCUUAUGCCUAUAAAAAAUAUAAUCAUUCAUAGGCAUAUAUAAAUAAAUAUAAGAAAGCAUUAUUCAUAAUAUCUCUGUUGACAUUAAUAUAUUCUAAGGCACUUUUUAAAAAUUAACAAUGAAAUUUGCCGAGAUAUAGCUUAAUUUUAUUAAUAUGUUUAUUUAGUUUAGAAAGUAUACUUUAUUCAGUAUUAAUCUCGUAAACUUACAGGGUGAAUCAAAAUCAUUGAACUAUUUUAAAAAGAUAUAUAACAUAAUUUUCGUAAAAAGUUAUAGUUUAUUUUACUAAUAAAGAUAUUUGCUAAUACUGAUUUUGAAUAAAAAAUUGUAUUAUAUAAACUUUAAAAGUAUUAGUAAGCAUCUGAAAAUUGGUAAAAACAGGCUGUGAUUUGCUUUUUUGGUGUGAUCCGACGUGAUAAGCUGUUAUGUGAUGUUUUCCAUUAUUGGAGAAAAUAGGAGUAUUUUUUUGUGAAAAAUAAUGGAUACUGAUUAUUAAUAAUAUAAUUGACAUUUAGCUGUUAAAAUACAGAGAUACAAAACUCAAUUUGUCCAUUUCUAUCCAGUCCAUU